AUGCCGCCCUUCCCAGGAGAGGAAACAUUGGCUACCGUGUAUGCCGACCUUCACACCUACUUCGCCGCUCCCAGCCCUCGACCUUUCCUCCAUCGCUUCGACAAGGCUUCCUAUUUCUACGUGUACUACAAUUCCACAAGACACACCAGUCGCAUUGAGGUCGCACUCCAUCCUGGUACACCUGAUCAAGCCGCCUUCAAUGGAUUUCUCGAUAAUGUCAAAAUUGUCCAUUCUCACAGAUUCCCGACUCGUCUGACCCUGGUUGUCGAUGGAACCAGCCCACCAAAUGCUUCCCCCUCUUCUGCCCGACCAGGGAGAGAUCCAGAUGAAUGGCGACUGGCCAGUGCAGACCCAAGAGAUACGGGCACAACAAAGUAUCGAAUCCACACAAUCGACUUUUAUUUCUGGGUUCAAGAUGAUUCAAAAUUGAUUGUCGACAUCUUGAAGAAGUUGUUACCCCAGCACCAGCUAGACAUGGAUGAGAUACAAGAGGGGCCGGAUCAUCAUGACAUGGUCAGCCCGGUGGUUCAAAAUCUCGAAAACGUCGCCAUAUCCGACCCGGCAUAUCAAAAGGACAAAUCUCAUGGUCCUGCUCCAGCUGCUCAGUCCGCGCCCACUGGAUUAUCACCGCCUCCACCGCCUCCACCACCCCCACCAACAACGACCCAAACCCAGACCCAAGCGACAUCUCCUUCACCCCCUUCGGUGACCGCAAAUGUUGAUGGGACUUCGUCUGGCAAAACAUCCACACCAGCAACCAAUUAUACUCCUCUAGCAUACAAUCCAGCCGCACCUGCCGCCCCGGAACCAAUCGCCCAUCGUGAAGAUACUCCUCCUCCACCGGAUGCAGCUGAUGGUACAGGUCUCGCAGCGGCGGCCAUGCAUGAUAAUCCAUAUGCUCAUCCAGCGCAUCAACAAUCGUAUGGUGGUGCGCCGGGACCUCAACCAAGUCCAUAUGGGCAUUAUGGAUCUCCUCCCCCACCAUCACUUGGACCACAAGCAGCGGCUUCAUCACAACCGUCAUUCGGGCCUCAGGCCGCCGUCACUGGACAGCCCUCUUUUGGUCCUCCGGCCACUUCCCCUGCUCCUCCUCAAGCUCAAACGUCGCCACCAACAUCUGUAUCAACGAAUUUCGCCCCCCCACCAAGCACCGCAGGCGCGGACACCGGUCGCCAUCCAUCUACAGCUGCCCAAACAUAUACCACAAACGCCGUACAAGAUCCAAAUGCUCAUAUUCUUGGCCAGGCGGCACCGGUACAAACUCCAGCAACCCAAUUCUACUCGUCUAUCAAUGACCAACCCCACAAGCCAUUGCAACAUGUUCAACCUCACUAUCCCGAUUACUUGGCCGCCGGGCAUCAAGCCCCCGCCCCUCCUCCUCCCGGUGGAUACUCGAAUUAUCAAUACGGACAAGCCCAACCACAACCCGCUGCUGCGGGUAGUCCUUAUGAUGUCCAUCAUCAAGUUUACCGUCCAACCGAGACCGAGCAUCAUACACAUCACCACUCGAAACCGUCUAGAACUUCGAGCAAUCCACAAAAUAAACCCUCUCAAGCAGAAAGGCUCGAAAAGGGUGUGGGCAAAUUGUUCAAGAAGAUCGAAAAGAAAAUUGGAUGA